CGCAUUGUUUGAAUUUGCGCGUCGCUCUGCGGGGAAACGGUCCGCGGGUCUCGGCGCUCGGCGGCUGUGGAGCUCUUGGCGUUCCUGCUGAAGCCCUACCCUGACCUUACCUGUGGAUUCUCUGGUCCACGUCUCUGGCGUGUCUCCUCAAAUAGUGUUUUUGUGCAGCAUCUCAAGGGUCAGCACUGCUCAGCGUACCGACCUGUCCGAAGGAUGCGGCGUGAUUCAUCAGCUCACAGACGGAAGCCCUCCACUCCGAAACGGAGGUCUCCCCCUCGCCCUCCGCCAACUCGGACCCGUAGAAGCAGCGGACCCUCAGAAACGCCGCCGAGGAAGAAGCGCAGGUUUCGCCCGGGUAUGAGAGCCCUGAUGGAAAUCCGGAAAUAUCAGAAGUCUACGGACCUGCUGCUGCGCAAGGGGCCGUUCUCACGCCUGGUGCGGGAGGUGUGUCAGAUGUUCAGUCAGGAGCACCUGAAGUGGCAGGCUUACGCUCUGAUGGCCCUGCAGGAGGCUGCGGAGGCGUUCCUGGUGCGUCUUUUCUCCGACGCUAAUCUGUGUGCGAUUCAUGCUAAGCGUGUGACUCUGUAUGCUCGUGACAUCCAGCUGGCGCGGCGCAUCCGCGGGUUGGAGAACAUGUGAAGAGCAACUGCUGCAGUCAGGAGGGUGUUCCCCUCUGCUUCUGACCUCCAGACCACAGGAGCAGAGAGCGGCGCUGCUGUGGAUCUUCAGAGCAUCAGAGGAUGGACAUUCACACCUGCGCGGAUGCACGUGCUGAUCAAUGACCUUCCUAUUACUGAUUUACCUGCAGCUCACCUGGGAUUUCCUCAGUGCUUCAUCAUCGUCAUGACUGGAGAUGAAGUUUGACUGCAGUGACUAAAGUGACUGUUUAUUGACGGGUAAUUAAAACUGAAUUUUAGCAGGCGGGAAAAUCUUCAUACCAAUCCAUUCUGUUCUGAUUUUUAUAUAUAUAUAUUUUUAAUGUUGAAGGUUUUGUACAGAAUGUUAAGCUUUUGUUAUUAAUA